AAAACAGAGGAAAAGCAAUGGAAUGGAGAUCUGAAGAGUCUUGGCCAUCAGGAAAAAACAGAUGGUGCUCAAAUCAUUUCAAAGGAAUAUGUUCAGGUCAUUAAAGAUGAGGCUUCCAAUCUUUCCAGCCAUAUUGAAGAAAUUCCAAGCCAAAAGGAAGCUGUUCUUGAAGAGUCUCUUGUAGAUUCCACAGAUGGACUUGAACAGGAAGAACCAGGAAGGCAGCAAGCCAGGGGAAAAGGGAACUCUUGCCUUAAUACAUCAUUGUUACUGGAGGAACUGUGCAGUAAAAAAGAGAGAAGAAAGCUGAUAGAGACAAAGAUACUCUCAAAAAUAUUUCUAGAGCCAUCACCAGGCCACCCUGAGCUAAAUAGUAAUCCUCCCUCACAUGGCAUUAGCAGAAGUCUAGAAAGAAGUGCUAAAGAAGAAACUUCUGCAGCUGGCCAUCUUCAAGAACUAACCCAUCUGUCACCGCAGAAUACUGAGAACUGGGAUCUAGACAAGACUUCUGCAGAGCUGAAGCAGCAGAAAAAUACACGUAACACUCAUGCAGAAAUUGCCUUCUCCUCAGCAGACUAUGAGACCUUCAGAGGUAGAUCUGAAAAGCAGCUCAUGGAAAAAUUAGAAGAGCUGUGUGACAGGCAAUCCAGGACGCUGUCUUCACGCUGUAGAUGGCCAUCAGCCAAAAUCUCUGUUCAAGAACAGCAGAAGAACAAGGAUGUUGCCUUCCUCCCAUCUUCACCAAGUUCUCUGAGGAUGGACGCAGUGAGGUUACAGUGCCUGCCAGAGCCUCUAACUGUGUACAUAGAUUUAAGAGAUGCUGAACCACAGAAGUCGGUAACAUUCCCUGAUGAGAAACAGAGUGCAGAUGACAGCUCCACUGAUGAAGAUGAGACUAUGACUGUUAUGGACCAGGAAGAGAGGAAAAGGAAGAAUUGCUCAGGGAAGUGUCAGCUACUGCAACAACUCCGUAGAGUCCGUAAAGAGGCCUCAGAGGUUCUUCACAAAGAAUCUGCCCCAGCUGGAAGACUCAAGGGCAUAAAACAGGAUCCAGAAAGUCUGGAAGAGAUGGAUGCCUUUAAAGUCAGUCGAAAUAAAAAUUUUGAAGUGAGAGAAGGGAUGAAUGAGUUCAUUUCCAGGAAACUGGUGAGGCUGGAGCCAGAAAAAAGAAAUUUCUCCUUGUCAAGCCAGAGAGACAAUGGAAAUGAUAAAGCUGAGAAGGUUCAACAUUCAGGAAAUGCUUCAGAAUCUCCUCUGCCUACAGAAGAAUUUCCAAGGACGGAAGAAAGUAACAGAGAGCUAUCCCAAAAGGAAGAACAGAUGAAAGAGAAACACGUGAAAUGCAGAUUCCAGGAGCAGCUGGAGAGAUGGCAGCCUCAGUCAGUUACUGGAAAGCAGCCCAUGGCAGAGAAAGCACCUGUUUUGUUCCACAUGGAAACCUCUUAUUUGCCAGUUGUUGACAGGUUGCCUGGACCGGACAGUAUGAGAGAUGAAGAGCUGCUGAUGACUGUCUGGCUGUCGAGUUGUGGCCGGGUACCCAGAGAUGAGAGCAGCGGGCGGAUGCACAGCACUGCACCGAGAGCAGCUGCCUUCUACCGUGCCCUUGUGGCAUGGCUUCUAUCUCUGGUACCUCCUGUGAAAAUGGAAGGUGGACCCAAAGCUCCGUUUCAGGCAGUAUGUCUACAGCAGGCCUGGCAGGAGGACGGAUCGGCCCUGUCUGCUUGUGUAAGGCCAACAGAUGAAUCUCCAACCCAGCACUUGAUGCUGAUUAAAGAAAGGUUAAGGAAGAUUAAAACUAAAGAAGAUCUCCAGGAAAUAUUCAUUUUUUACCAGAAGAUUUCUGAAUUUCUAUCCUUUAUACGGCUUCCAGAUGUUAUCUGGUGGAGAGCAGAACUGUGCAGUUGCUUCCAAAGCCACCUGUAUCCACUUCUUGCUGAAAUUCCCUCUGCCCUGCUCGGUUACAUCACUACUGUUAAUCCUCAUCCUCAGGCAGUGGAGAAGGUGUUUCCAGUGCCAAGAGGAUUUUACUGGCAGACUGCUGAAAGUGAUGAAAAAGACUUCCCUAAUGGCAGUGACACGGAGGUUGCCAUGGUAUUGCCGUUGGAAGCUCUCUCCCGAAGAUCCCUAGCUACCCAUCACAUGUUGCAGCUGGCGCUCAGCUCUGGGCUGGAUACCUGUGGACUCCACCUGCUCUGCUCUCAGCGUGAUGUGCUGCUCUCUAGCUCAGGAAAACUGCUGCCUCCCUAUGCUUCAGAGACCGACGAGGUGCUGCCAUUAGGUGUGAGAGGGCCUAAAGGAGUUAGCACCAUGCAGAAUAUCACUGGGCCAUCAGACCCGCAGCUGGCUGGCAUGACAGACUGCAGCUCCAUCAGUGCCAUCUACUGCACGAGCCACGCAGAGCCUCUUGUCUACCUGCCCCAGCAGGACAGCUGUGUGCGCAGGGAGCUGUGCCUCUGGUUUGGAGGGAGGGCUGCUGAUGCAGCACUGCAUGGUGGCAUCCUGGAUCCGACUUCCAGAUGCAACAGAACAAGAUCUCAGAGUCCUUCGCCAACUAAAGCAGAAGCAGAUGAGGAAAAGGAUUGUCUCCAGGGCAUGGUGCAGUCUCGACCUCCAGCAGUGCUUGUCUCACCUACCAGCGGUCUCCAGCAGCUUCUCCUUGAGAUGGAAAGAUGCACCCGUGCAGAGCAUGCAGAACAAAUAUGCUGCUCCACCCACAAGAUGUAUACACUUCAUCCCAGGGACAUCAUUUUGACAGUGUCACCUCUGGUACCUCCUCAUGCGUAUGGUAACGUGAUUUCAAUCUGCACUCGUCGAGGGUUUGCUCUGCAAGGAAUCAGACAGCUGCAGCUUUCACACAAGCAAGCCACUGCGCUGAGCAUGACAACAAGUCAGAUCGCUGUAUUUUGCCCUAGCAAGAUUUCUAGUUUUCCUGAGAACAGUUCUGCAAGAGGAGAGCUUUCUGCUGAACCACACGUGCACUGUCUUGUCUUGUUGCUGAGAAAGGAGGAUGCUAGUCAUCAUAUUCUUGCAUUGGUAAAAGGACUGAUGAAUGAACUGGCAAAGCAAGGCCUCCUUGGCAACAGGCAGAGCAGCUUGCCUGCCACAGCCAGGCUGGACUCCUCCAUGUGCUUCCAUGUGGCUCCUUACAGUGAGAACUUGCUGCAGAUGCUGGGAGGAAACUUCAGUGCAGUUCCAGACCCGUGUAACAUUCCUCUGGAUUUCUUCUGCAACCGAAUAUUUGCUUCCGAUCCCGAAAUGGAGCAAGUAGUCCUGCUGACACUGGUUGGGAUGGAUGCUAUCAACAGUGCUGGAGAACUCCUUUGCCAGAUCCUUCUUCCUGGGAGCAAUAAUCAGUAUCAGAAUGCAGAAGGACCUGAUUCAGGGUUUGAGCUUCUGGGUCUCAAGUGGUUGCCCCGUCUCACUCGACAUCAGGCAAAAGAAAUAACCCCUUUUGAGGUUGGAGAUGCUUCUUGGAGGAGAAGCCUUGAUACACUGAUGUCUAAUCCAGUCCUUGUGUGUGCCUUACGGCGGAUCAAUGCCUUCCAAGUCCUUGAAGAUGCAUUAAAGAGAUUAACACAGUGCAGGGAGGAGCUAAGCGAAAGUGACAGUGCUCUGCAGAGAGUAAUGGCCUUGACCCCAGAGGUAACCUUCAGACAAGCCAUCCUUUUCUUCACAGAGAAGGAUCUUGUAGCUGAUCCAGAACACCGCCCUACUGCCAAAUACCUGCCACCACCUGGCAAGACAUCCAGGGCUGGAGUGGAAGAGACCCAGAGAUGCCACGCAGAAUCACUGUUUGCCUACUUGCAUGCAGGAGCCCAGAUCCUCUGCACGGUGCUGCUGAUCAAACCUGGUGCCUGGAGCCAUCAACUUGCAAGGAUCCUCCGAAAGCUCGACCUAGAAAAAUUCACUGUGGUUGGGAUGAAACACAUACACCUGGAGCCAGGCAUCGCCUUAGGACUCCUUUCUUCUGAAGCAAAGCGGGAUCCUGCUGUUCUAGAAGCUCACUGUACCUACCUUACCUCAGGCACUUCUCUUGUGCUGUGUCUUCAGAGACCAAAUGCUGUGAAGAAGUUGAUCGACGUUCUGGGGCCAGAGGACCCUAAAGUGGCCCAAGCACUAAAUCCAUGCUUCUGGAGGGCUCAGUAUGGCAUCAGCACUGUCCAAAAUGGAUUUUAUGGCUCCAAAUCCUACCAAAUAUCUGUGCGGGAUGUGAAGCUGUUUUUCCCAGAAGGUCUGUGCUGCGCCGAGAGUCGGACAUUGCAGGAGGAAGAGAUCUAUAGCCUGAAAUGUGACCCCGUAGUCAGUGUGGAAAUCAACAAGCAGCGCAAAAUCAUAAAACAUGGAACAGGAGGGAAGCUCAAUUUACUGGGCUCUGGGCAACCACGCGAUCUUGAUCGGCCAGUGCUCAGUAACCUCUGCCAAACCACUUGCCUCAUCCUGCCGGCGAUAAUCCUCUGGGGUUCAGACCCACCUUAUGUUGAACUGCUCGAUCAGCUUAUUGGUGAAGGUUUCAUGGUGACUGGAGUACGCCUCACUGUGCUGGAUGCACCACAGGCUCAUUGCAUCUCAAAGAUACUGAGCAGAGCCAAGCGUGGUGUGGCAGCAAAGUGCUCCCUCUUAAUGGAUGGUUUGUGCCUGCUGGUAGCAGCAGAGCGAGACAACGCGGUCAUCGGCUUCGAUUCCCUGCUGGACAGCGUGCGUUGGCAGAAGCAGUCGGUGCUGGACAUGGCGCAGCAUCUCCUCUAUCCUCAAAAUGAGAAACAGGCUGAAGAGCUGCUCUGUUGUCUUUUUGACUCCCUGACAUCUGACAGCACCUGCCGCAUUGAAUCCCAGAGCUGCUAGCUGCUGGUCACAGCCCCCUGGUAGCCCGUGAGCCAGUGAUAUUGCAGGGGGUGUCUGUGCAGGUGGACACAAAGCUGCUUCCAGCCUCCGGGAGCACCAGCGCUUGUUUGUCAUUAUAAUAAAUUCUGAAGCAUCCUGUUA